GGCCGGCGGCGGCGGGUGAGCGGUCGAGCGGGGCCGGUGGGGGAAGGAGGAGAGGGACCGGGCGGGGGCUGAGGGCCGUCGGCUGACAGCCCGCGCCCGCCAUGACCAGGGCGCAGCUGACGCGGACGGGGAUCCUGCGGAUGGCGCUGGGCGGCGGGACCGCCGACCCGCUGCUGGCGGCGGAGGGCAGCGGCGGCCGGCGGGCGCCCUUCCUGCUACGGGCCCUGCGCAUCGCCGUGGUGGUCUGCCUCUACUGGUUCACUUCCAUCGCCAUGGUCUUCCUCAACAAGUACCUGCUGGACAGCCCCUCGCUGCGCCUCGAUGCCCCCCUCUUUGUCACCUUCUUCCAGUGUGCCCUGACAGCCGCCCUCUGCCUGGGCCUCAGCCUGGGGAUGGCCUGUGGGCCCCCCUGCUCCAGCCUGCCCACCCUCCGCCUUGACCUCAAGGUGUCCCGCAGCGUCCUGCCCCUCUCCAUCGUCUUCAUUGGCAUGGUCACCUCCAACAACCUCUGCCUCAAGUAUGUCGGUGUGGCCUUCUACAAUGUGGGGCGUUCCCUCACCACCGUCUUCAAUGUGCUGCUCUCCUACCUGCUCCUCAAGCAGACCACCUCCCUCUACGCCCUCCUGGCCUGUGGAGUCAUCAUAGGUGGUUUCUGGCUGGGUGUUGACCAGGAAGGAGCAGAAGGCACUCUGUCAUGGACAGGUAUAUUCUUUGGGAUCUUAGCAAGUCUGUGUGUCUCGCUCAAUGCCAUCUACACCAAGAAGGUGCUGCCUGUGGUGGAUGGUAGCAUCUGGCGCCUGACUUUCUACAACAACGUCAAUGCUUGCGUCCUGUUCUUCCCCCUCAUGAUACUGAUGGGCGAGUUCCGCACCCUCUACCAGUUCGACAAGCUGGGGAGCCCCAGUUUUUGGGGCAUGAUGACCCUGGGGGGAGUGUUUGGCUUUGCCAUUGGGUAUGUGGCUGGACUUCAGAUUAAGUUCACUAGCCCGCUCACCCACAACGUGUCUGGGACAGCCAAGGCCUGUGCUCAAACGGUGCUGGCUGUUAUCUACUUUGAGGAGACAAAGAGCUUCUUGUGGUGGACGAGUAACUUGAUGGUUCUGGGGGGUUCCUUUGCCUACACAUGGGUGAAAGGGCUGGAAAUGAGAAAGGUACAAGAGGAUCCUAAUGUCAAAAACAGCGAAAGAAACGAGACUGGUGUGUAGGCAGCUCCUGCACCUCUGUUUCUGUGCCUGGGGGGGUUAACCUUUGGUGCUCUUUUCCUCCUGGGGAGAAGAGCAGCAGGGAGCAGGAAAAAAAUUGACCUGCAAAGUGUAUGGGGAACUGUGUGAGGAACCAGAGCCAAAGACCUGACUGGAUCAUGUUUUAUCCAUGGGAUCCUGUAUUGGAGUUGGGGAGAGCAUGUGUUGUAGAAAGCAAUCAAGGUUUUUUGUGAUUGUUUUUUUAAAAUGGAUGUUGCUAUUGACCUGAUCUGGGCAAUUUGCAUCUCUGGGAGGGUGGGCUCAUAGUGGACAAAGACCGGGAUGGGAGCUUUGUGUAGUUAGGGAUCUAGAAUUAACUAAAUGAAUGCAGUCUGAAGUUAAAAAUCUUGAACCUCUGCUUAGGGAAGAGGCAGGUAGCCAGGAUGUUGGGGAUAGACUCCAGGAAAGUGUUCUGCUGUAAAAGGAUUGGCAACAGCUGUUCUUCCUGUUGCCCCAUUCAAUGCAAGGGACGGUGAAAUUCUCUCCCUUCUGUUUCUGUACAAGCCUGAGCAGCAGCAGUGCCUCCAAAUCUCCUUUCCAAAGAGUCAGUAUCACAUCCUGCUGAGGUCUUCUGUAUUUCUCUCCACCUCGUUUCUUAGUUCAGAAAAUCAUGCUAAGAAUUGGGAAUGAAAUGUCUCAUUCCUCUGCAACUUCCCUCAUUCCCCCCAUGAGGGGAAGCAUGCUUUCUCAAGUGGCCUUUCUUGGGGAGGAGUGAGCUUGGCCUCUGCCUCUUUCAGCAACAGGCGGGAGAGGAAAAGUUACUCUGAAGCACUUGCUCCUGAAGGGUGGAGAUCCCAGUUCAUGGGGUUCACAACACUUGUCCUCUUUACCUUUUGGAUCUCCUCUGGCAUUUGCAGUUUGUCUUUUGGCUUAUUCCUUUUAAACACAACCCCUCCCCCCUACCAUGGCCAGCUCAGUGAAUCCUUCACCCCCCCAAAAAUCCUAGUUUUGCUCAGCUGUGUCAAUCCCUUUACUUUUGAAACUUGCUGCUGAACACUUAGUUCUGUAGAAAUCUCUGCCCCUCCACCUGGUCUCAUGCAAGUGCCACCUGAGUUUGCUCUACAGCUGUGACUUCUGAUCCCAGGUGUCAACAGCAACAUCCUAUAGUCAGCUGUGAUGUCGCACCAGCUUUCUAAACCCCUAGCCCCUUGAUAUUUAAAGAGUUUAUUUGAAGAGGGAUGCUGGGCAGUUGAUGUGACUGUUUCCUACCUUGCCCUGUGGAUCAUGUGUGAUGUACCAUGCCCCGUGUGUGGUGUCUGCCCACUCCUACAGAAGGAUGCUUCAUUUCUGCCCAGCAUAUGUUCCUAUCUAAUUUUGGGGGGCUCCUGCUCCAGGUUUCAUGACCACAGGUACCUUCUUUUUGGUGCAGGGUGCCAUUUGGGGUCCUUGAGUAUAUAUAUAUUUUUUUUUUUUUAGGGGAACUGAUAUUUUUAAUGUUGCAUGUACUGACUUGUAACGGCCUAA